AUGAACAACCUAAACAUAAAUCAAGAAGAGACAAUUGACACUAAGUGGAAAGUGUUAAAGGAUGCCAUAAAUACAGUUACAGAUACAGUAAUAGGAAAACAAAAGAUAACAAGGAAACCGUGGUUCAACGAUUUCUGCAAGGAAGAAUUUAAUAGAAGGAAAGAAGUCAGGACUCAACUGCUCAACGACCCCACUAAUAGAGAGAAAUCUGUGGUAUACAAAGANCUUUUGUGCGCCGUAAUUUAUUAUAAUACGGAGGUCAAUUAUUAUUGUUAUUUGUCGUCGUACUUAGUGCGGCAUCCGAUAGUACCUACAUACAAUUGAGUCAUAUCGUAAAAUACGAGAUAUCAUAAAUACGAGUAUUAUGUAAAAUACGGGUAUAAAAAAGGCUUAAACUACUGAUGGGUGUACCACUGUUUUAGUAGGGAAGUUGGUAGGGAGGACAAAUAGACAAAUUUGAUUUAUAGGCUUGUACACAAAAUCAUUUCUAACGAUAAACGAUUCUGAGCAGAGUAUUAUUAGUCAAUUCUUUACCUUGUUGCCGAGCCUCGGUCACUCAGGUAAUUCGAAAAUAAACAAAAUGUGUUGGAAAAUUGCCAGUUUUUCCCAUUUAUUGAGAAAACAACAAAGAAAAUCAAACGAUUAUUUCAAUGCAGCCUCAGCAUUUCGAAUGUAAACAUAUCUGUUUUUAUAUGCUCUGUAUUUUAGAAAUGUAUAUCUGUAUACAUCAUAAUAUUUACCGUAUUACUCUUAUUGUUGUAUACAAAAACUAAAUUACCCAAUUAAUUACCACAAUAACUGAAUAUAUUCUGCAUUUCUAAUAAAGUCUUAUCAUAUUGUCUACUUGAUAGAGUAGUACCCAAGGCCGAAAAUAUAAUAGGUGACUACCAGGGUGGGUUUAGGACCAAUAGAUCCACAACUGACCAAAUGUUCAUUCUAAGACAAAUCAUCCAAAAACGUUUGGAAUUUGACAAGAAGGUACACGUGUUAUUUGUGGAUUUCAGAAAAACUUAUGACACUAUACAUAGAGAAAGUCUUUAAAACAUUCUCAAAGAUUUCAAAUUUCCCAGAAAAAUUAUUAAUCUCAUUGGAGCCAGUCUCAAUCAUACAGAUAUACAGGUCAAGAAAGGUAACGUAACAUCGCAGCCAACUAGAGUAACGACAAGACUUCGGCAAGGGGAUGCUUUGUCUCUAGUGCUGUUUAAUUUAGUACUGGAGAGGGUAAUACGUGAGAUGAACAUUUCGGAGGGAGUUAUAUUAGGACAGAUCAGAAUUGGAAUGCUAGCAUAUGCGGAUGAUAUCGCUCUCCUUGGUGAAGAUUUAGACAUGAUAAAGAGAUUGGGAAGUAAUCUAAUAAAUACGGCAAAAAAAAUGGGCCUAACCGUUAAUGAGGAAAAAAACAGAGUACCUUGUGGCUAGCCGAAGAAAUAGAAAUGGUGGUCUGGAACAAUAUAUCAAAAUUGAAGAACUCAAGUUCAAAAGAGUGUCUCAAUUUAAGUAUCUAGGGUCGAUUAUAACGGAGGAUAACGACAUCAAUACAGAGGUGUCAACAAGGAUACAACUAGCGAAUAGAGGAUAUUAUGGACUUGAAAAAGUCUUGAAAUCGAAGGCCUUAUCCAAAGCCCUAAAAAUCAAAAUGUACAUGACUCUACUAAGACCGAUUGUUCUAUACGGCUCAGAAACUUGGGCGCUGAGAAAAACAGAAGAAUCAAGAUUAAUGAUAUUCGAGAGAAAAGUUCUGCGGAAAAUGUUUGGCCCGAUAUACGAUAGGCAAACGAAUGAAUGGAGAAAACUUCAUAACGUGGAACUCCAAGGACUUUUCCAGAGGCCGAAUAUAGUUAGAGAGAUCGCCAAGCGGAAACUAAGUUGGGCAGGACAUGCUUGGCGCAAACAGGGUACUUUGGUAAAAUGGGUGAUCGAGGAAGAGCCUAAUGGAAAAAGACCACUAGGUAGACCUAAGUUAAGAUGGGAAGAUGGUGUGAAGAGAGAAAUGGAAAAGAUAGAGCCUGGUGUCAAAUGGAGAGAAGUGGCGGAGGACAGGGAUAGGUGGCAAAGUUUAGCGUUUUCAGGAUGGUCUUAA